UGAGAUGAAAGGAGUACUUCUAGUCCUAGACUCCUAGUCUCCAAUCAAUGACAACUCAACAUAAAAAGGUACUUGACUUGAUUAAAACAAUACGAGUACAAAAGUCUAAAGGAACUAAGGAAGUAGAAGAGCGUUUGUAGUCUUUGUCCAGUACUUACACUGUGCUCAUAGACUCGUAGUAUCUCAACUUGGAUCUUUUUUCCGAUUCCUGUUUUUUAAUUUUAAGACAUAUCUUUCCUCUUAGAUUCUCACUGCUACAACUUCACUUCUUACAUUCAAUUCCAUUUUUUUUUUUUAGGGAAUUCCAAAACUAUUAAACCCCCCUUCAUUUUCACCCAACAUGCAAAAUUCUCCAAAUUCCCAUCUUUUCCAAAAAAAAACCUAAAGUUUCAAAAAAAUGCAUCAAUCCCUCCAACAACCACUCCAACAAACGCUGCAACAAUCACCCAACCAAAUCACCAACGGUAAUUGUUACCGGUGUCAAAAGCCGGGUCAUUGGGCCAAAGACUGCCCUCAAACGGUUCAAAGCCCGUUUAAAAACCGGAGUCCGAUUAACAAUCGAAGCCCCGUAUUUAAUCCUACUUCUACCUUCGAUUACCCAUCCACCCACUGCCCCUGCGGUGCCGGGUUGUGUGAGAUACGGGUCUCUCAUAGCUCGGCUAACCCGGGUCGCCAGUACUAUUGCUGUCCGGGGAAAUUUGUUAGUAUUCUAAUUACUCCGUAAUAUUAUGUUGGUCUGAAAUGAAUUAUGUAUUUUUGUUUGAUUAACUAAUUAUGGAGUAAUUAUUAUAUUAAUAUAGGAAUAUCAUUGCGAGUAUUUUAAAUGGUGCGAUAUGUUAAAAAGGGAAGAGAUUCUGGAAGUUCGACCCAAACAGUAUCCGAUUUGCGGGUGUGGGGCCGUAGUUUGUGGUUUUCUAAAAGAAAAUGGGCAUAGUUAUUUUAUCUGCCCUAUUAAAAAGGCAUAUGGAGCUUGUAACUUUAGGCAACUAAUGGAGGAAGAUCAAGAAUCCUUCAGUCCUGAAGCCAUAAUGCAAAUUGAUGAUGUGGUUAACCUAUCCUUGGCAAGGCGUGCCCUUGAUUUUUUUUCUGAAGAGGUUCAAGUACAGAUGGAGAAUGGAGUGGGUGGGUCAUCCGGUAUAGCACACGGGAUGUCACAAAGAUCUUCUGAUGCUCUUCAUUCAGUUGAAAACAACCUGAAUAUGGGCGACACUCUGGUGAACAAUGUCGAAGCAUCUGCUCCCACAACUAUAAUACCAGCUGAAAUUCAAUUUUCACCAGACAACACACCCUCAAAAGGCGGUUUUAAAUCAGAUGAACUUCUCCCAAAACAGACAGUGCUGAUGAAAGACGGGCGAAAUGAAGACCAUGUUGUGACAGAUGCUGUCUUACAGGCCUCUGGGAAGUUAUCGAAAUUCUCUCUAAAUGAACUCAUCACACUGUUGGAGUCUGUGGGUUCCAAGAAUCACAAGAAGGGGAUGAUGGAAUGUUACACUUUUGCUGGUCUUGAUUGCUUGCAGCUUGAUGAUAAUAGGCUCUUGCAUCUGUUACUAAUUGAGUACAUACCACAAGCAGCUGCUCUUUCUUUUAUCGAGCAAGAUAUCAACUAUGAUAUCUCCAUGAAAUUUCUGGACCACAAUAAGAAUAGGGAAGCUCGUUUUAAGGAAAUAUUUCGUGCAUUUUGUGAGGCCGGGAAAGCCUAUAUGGCUUCUAAUGAACGGUUAAAUUCAAUUCGAGAGAAUUUUUCUUGUGGUGGGAUCAUGUUGGAUGAUUGGGAAGAUGAGCUGUGGUGUUGUGAGGUGGAGAAUGAUAGUGAAAGAGACAAGUUUCUUCAGAUAACAAAAACCAUGUCACAGUGCAUGCAAGGAGAGCUUGCAGGUUGCGUUUGAGAAAGCAAGGGUCUUGGUUUGUUAACUGAAGUGUGCAUAUGCAGUCUUCAUUGCGAGUUGUGCGUGGGGUUUUGCCUAAAAUGAAGUAACCUAUAAUCUGUAAAAUAGUAGUAGUCUAUGUUCUAUUAACCAAGUGUAUGUGACGACUAUGUAAUGUAACCAAAUGUCCAAACAUAUGUGCAAAGUAUGUUAUGGGUGCUAUAUGUAUGUAACAAACUGAACUAAUGGCAGCAUGUAAACCAUUAGAUGCUACCACCUAACCUCUCUAUGUAUGGCUGUAUGGAUGAUGAAAUGUAGGUGACUAUAACAAAACAAGUGUUAAGUGUAUAACGUCAUUAUAAUUAUAACAAAACAAGGCAAUAUUAUUAGCCUUUGUCUAUAUGGAACUGAAAAUGACUAUGAAUGUUGAGUAUUUAUUAGACCAUCUACGGAGUAUUUUACAAGGAGCCCUUUCCAUAAACAAGCUGGCAAAACAUCCAAUUCCAUAUUAACAGUGUCUUUUUCUUAAAUACCCAUUUUACUGUCCACAUGAGCAAAUGGUAAAAAAACCGGUGUUUUUUUUUUUUUUUUUUUUUACCAGUUCACUAGAAGACCGCUACUUCAAGUAGCAGUUUGCCCCGUUUGUUAGGUAUUGUUGUAGUUUUUUGUUUUUUGGUUUUUUGUUUUUUAAAAUCACAUGAUAUAUGUCAUAUAAUGAAUAAAAAAUUGAUCAA